CAAAUCAACAUUAUAUGUCCGAUUAAUUAGCUAAACUGAUUAUAUGUAUAUCUUAAUUUUGGUUUCAGAUGACCAAAGAUAGCGUUAUUACAGAUGCUAUUACUUAUACCAAGAGGCUUCAAUAUGAAGUUGACACUCUCACACAAGAGCUUCAUGCAUUGGAAGAAAAAGAAAACUUAGAGGAAAGAGCAGAGCCAAAAAUAGCUGAAUUUUCUGCUGCUGAAGAUUUGAACAACUGGGGGAUACAGGAAGAAGUUCAAGUAGAAAAUAUUGGUGAAAAUAAGCUCUGGAUUAAGAUAAUCAUUGAGAAAAAUACAGGGAGGUUCAUGAAAUUAAUGGAGACUAUGAAUAGUUUAGGCAUUGAAAUCAUAGAAGCCAAUGUUACAACCAUAAAAGGAGCAUAUUUGAUUGUAACUUCUAUUAAGGGUAUCAGUUUUGAUGUUCAUCAAGCAAAACAUUUGUUGGCAGAUAUAAUCAAAAGUAUUUAGAGAAAAUGGAAAACUUAUUUCAUAGUUAAGUUUUUGCUUACACAAAUUAUGCUAGUCAAAUUAAAUUCAAAUUGAAUAAACUUUUAUGUAGGAAAAUAAUGGGAUCACAUAUUGACAUAACAGAUAUAAU